AUGGGCAGUGUUAUUUCGUGUGGCCUGAAGCUUGUCCUACAAGUCUUCAACCUCGUCCUCUUCGUGGCCUUCAUGGCUGUAGCAGUGUUUGGCAUCGUUUUGAGAACAUCGAGCGGACUUGUCCAAUCGAUAGUGGAGAAAGUUUUUGAUAAAUCCAAAAUUACAGAUGAGCAGGUGAAGGUAUUUGCACAAUUCAUCACGGACAAUUCCGGUGGCGUCGCUGCAGCCCUCAUUGUGAUUGGAUUAGCACUAGCAGCCCUUUGUUUGCUCGGAUGCAUUGCUUCGUGCUGUGGUUUUGAAUUGCUACUAAAGAUUUACGCCGCCAUUUUGAUUGUUCUGCUUGUGGUACAAAUAAUCCUAGUUGCAGUAGUAUUCUCCGACCCCAACAGAGUUGGCAAGUGGGUGAUCGAAUCGAUGAGCGAGCUUCUUCGAUCUUACGAUGACACAGGUUCCACCACCCAGAAUAUGCCAACAACUGUUUGGAACUUGGUUAUGAGCGUAAGGACGGAACCGCACUGUUGUGCCAUGGAUGGCUAUGAGGAUAUUGUUAAACCACAUGCGCCACUGGUUCCAUUUUGCUGCGCUGACUCGACACAAGCAUGUGAUGACCAGAAAGCCAAGCAGGAUAGGAUAAAGGGCUGUAGACAGAAGAUUGCCGACUUCACCGCGGCCAAAAUGAAGAGUAUUAUGUACAUCGCAAUUGUCGCCAUUCUCUUCCAGGACACGAUGAUGCCUCUUGACACCUCAUUUUACCUUUCAGGCGGCACUCGUCGUGUUGGUGAUGCUCGUGAUUUGCUUAUAAGCGGGUAA